AUGCCUCUUGGGAUCCAUAACCCUCUGCCGUCCUCUUUGAGCAGCGAAUGCAAGAAGGCGGCUAAGAUUCUCACUUCCUUCGUGGAUCCGAAGCAGGCCUUUGGUCCGGAUAAGGUGAUUCCGCCGGAGAUUCUGGCUGGCGCAAAGGGCCUGGCUAUCCUCACAGUCCUCAAAGCCGGUUUCAUUGGAUCUGGUCGAUUCGGCUCCGGUAUCGUUGUCGCCCGUCUUGCCGAUGGCUCCUGGUCAGCCCCUUCCGCGAUCGCGACCGGCGGUGCUGGUGUGGGUGGUCAGAUUGGCUUUGAACUGACCGAUUUCGUCUUCAUUCUCAACGAUGCCUCCGCCGUCCGCACUUUCUCUCAAGUUGGAACACUCACACUUGGUGGAAAUGUCUCUCUGGCGGCGGGCCCGGUCGGCCGAAAUGCAGAAGCCGCCGGUGCAGCCAGCACGAAGGGUGUCGCAGCCAUCUUCUCAUACUCGAAGACCAAGGGACUUUUCGCCGGCGUCAGUUUGGAGGGUAGCAUGCUGAUCGAGCGUAAGGAUGCCAACGAGAAGAUGUAUCAGAGCCGUGUCUCUGCCAACCAGCUGCUCACCGGUAACAUUCGACCGCCGCCCUCAACUGACGCGCUGAUGCGUGUCCUCAACUCUCGCGCCUUCCACGGCGGUCGCGGCGGUCCCGGUGGCCCCUACGGAGAUUCGAUGUACAAUGACAUGCCCGUUUAUGAUGAUAGUCAUGACGACGUGGUCUGGGAAGGGCGCCGGGGUGAGGCGUACGGCCAAGGCUCGCGACGGAGUCGGGCCAGUACACAAGACGAUUAUGACUAUCGUGAUAGGCCACGCCGGGCCAACACCUGGGCUGACGAUGUGUAUGACCGGCCAGCUGGUGGCCUGGGCCGUUCUUCGACCACGCGAGCUGCGCCGAGCGAUGUUUUCGACACAUACGGACGCAACCGCAGCAACACCGCGCCGUACGAUGAUGAUUACGUCUACUCAGACCGUAGACCUACUCGCCCUACUGCGCCCAAGCCGGUCUUUGGGCAACGAACGGGCCAGGCCGCGGGGCUACGUGCGGACCAAGCCGUUGCACUAUAUACCUUUGACGCUGACCAGGACGGCGACCUUGGGUUUAAGAAGGGCGAGAUUAUCACGAUCUUGAAGCGGACUGACAAGGCGGAGGACUGGUGGACUGGUCGUAUCGGUGACCGGGUGGGAAUUUUCCCCAGGUAA